UGUGCGGGAGUUCACCUGCGGGAAGAUGUACUACCGCACUCUGUUCCUGGACGAGAGGAGGGACGCGCUCUACGUCGGAGCCAUGGACCGAGUUUAUAGGUUAAACCUGAGUAACAUCAGUCAUUCAGUCUGCGAGCGGGAUUCGCUGAGCCUGGAGCCCAGCAACGUCGCCAGUUGCGUCUCCAAAGGAAAGUCUGAGCACUUCGACUGCCGCAACCACGUGCGCGUGAUCCAGGCCAUCGGCGACGGCACGCGCAUCUACGUGUGCGGCACCAACGCGCACAACCCCAAGGACUGGGUCAUCUACUCGAACCUGACGCACCUGCCGCGCCACGAGUACGUGCCGGGCAUCGGGCUUGGCAUCGCCAAGUGCCCCUACGACCCGGCCGACAACUCCACGGCCGUGUGGGUGGAGAAGGGCAACCCGGGCGAGCUGCCCGGUCUGUACAGCGGCACCAACGCCGAGUUCACCAAGGCGGACACCGUCAUCUUCCGCACGGACCUGCACAACCUGACCACGGGGCGGCGCGAGUUCACCUUCAAGCGCACCCUCAAGUACGACUCCAAGUGGCUGGACAAGCCGAACUUCGUGGGCUCGUACGAGAUCGACCAGUACGUGUUCUUCUUCUUCCGCGAGACGGCCGUCGAGUACAUCAACUGCGGCAAGAGCGUGUUCUCGCGCGUGGCGCGAGUCUGCAAGAAGGACACCGGCGGCAAGAACAUCCUCAGCCAGAACUGGGCCACGUACCUCAAGGCGCGCCUCAACUGCUCCAUACCGGGCGAGUUCCCCUUCUACUUCAAUGAGAUACAGAGCAUCUACAAGAUCCCGGGCGAGAUGAGGAAGUUUUACGCCGUGUUCACCACGUCGCUGAACGGGCUGAUGGGCUCGGCCAUAUGCUCGUUCGACAUCGACGACAUCCAGGCGGCCUUCAAGGGCAAGUUCAAGGAGCAGGCGACCAGCAGCUCGGCGUGGCUGCCGGUGCUGAGCAGCCGCGUGCCGGAGCCGCGGCCGGGCGAGUGCGUCAACGACACGGAGACGCUGCCAGAUACUGUGCUCAAUUUCAUUCGCUCCCACCCACUGAUGGACUCUGCCGUCUCUCACGAGUUUGGCAGGCCUAUAUACUACAAGCGAGACCUGCUCUUCACACACAUAGUUGUGGACCGGCUGAAAAUAAAAAUAUUUGAAAUGGAACUUGAAUACCUCGUCUACUAUGCGGGAACAAACACUGGCAGGGUGUACAAGAUCGUGCAGUGGUACGACCAGAACAGGGAACCGGCGUCUGCCCUGCUGGAUGUGUUUGACGUUACGCCUGGAGAACCAAUCCGUGCCAUGGAAAUGUCGCGAGAGGUGCACAAGUUCCUGUACGUGGCAUCGGACAACCGCGUGCGGCAGAUUGACCUGGUGAUGUGCAACCGGCGGUACGACAACUGCCUGCGCUGUGUGCAUGACCCGUACUGCGGCUGGGACAAGGACAGCAACGUGUGCCGCACCUUCACGCCCGGCCUGUUGCAAGACGUGACGAACAGCACACAAGGUGUGUGUGACAGCUCCGUGGUGAAGAAGAAGAUGGUGGUGACCUGGGGGCAGAGCGUCCACCUGGGCUGCUUCCUCAAGAUGCCGGAGGUGUUGAGCGGCCAGACCAUCACAUGGUACCACUACAGCAAGGAGAAGGGGAAGUACCAGAUAGUAUACAGGCCGGAAAAGUACAUUGAGACGUGGGAGCACGGCCUGGUGAUCAUCGCGGUGAGCGAGGCCGACUCGGGCCGCUACGAGUGCUGGCUGGGCGGGGCCCUGCUCUGCUCCUACAACAUCACCGUGGACGCACACCGCUGUGCCGCCCCGGGCAAGUCCCACGACUACCACAAGAUAUACUCUGACUGGUGCCAUGAGUUCCAGAAGUACAAGAUGGCCAUGAAGUCGUGGGAGCGCAAGCAGGCGCAAUGUAGCAGCAGCCGCAUGAACGACAGCAAUAACCAGAACACCCAUCCCAAUGAAAUCUUCCACGACAGCUCACUUGUCUGAUAGCAGUCCCUGCACGCACAACAUUUCGUGUAAAUAAGUGAAGAGCUUCAACCUCAGUGUACAUGUUUAAUCAGUCACUAACAAGUCAUCUCAUUAAAAGCUUGAACUAACUACCUGUUUUACACUUGCAUGCCACAGCCAAUUUUUUAACUCUUAACUUUCACAGAAUUGCAACUCAUGUUUUUGUUUGCUAGAUGAAGUUAAAUCCACUUUUUUAUUCAAUAUUUUGAGGCUAAACUUGCUGCAGCAACAACAGGUAUUUAGUUUAACAUCCAUAAAAUGGUGCAACACUGUUGUGAAGGUACUACUUUCUUUAAACAGACUAAAAGCUAACUUUAUUUUUAUUUUUUUAAGUCACAUUUUAGUUUUUGUGACUGAUAAUUGAUAAACAUUUCACAUAAGUGUUGUAUCUUAUGGUGCUUGUACCAUUCCUCUGUUUAAGUGGACCCACCACUUUUAAAUCGUAAGCUUUUGACUUUGAAGCUACUGCAAUCAAGCCACCUAAAUGAAAAAAAGUCAGGGAAAAUACAGCUUAGGAAAACAUUUACUACCUACGUGGAGAUCUGUGAUAUUUUGGGUGAAUUGUGUCUACACAGCAAGAGGAAUUUUCACUACAUACUGUUCUUUGUGUUGUGUGAGUUAGUUAUCAAAGAAAAUGCUAUCACAGAAGAAACGUGGAAAUAACAGAAAUACUGUUUGAGUGAGUUUUUUAAUUACAGUAAUUUUAGAAUUUAGCAUAAUUUUUUUUUAAUAUUGAUCUGCAUAAAGUGUGUGUAAUACAGUUUAAUUUUACACAUAACUGUGUGUGUAAAUAGAAAACUGACUUUGUAAGUUCAUACUGCAGUUGCUAAAAUUUGAUAAUAAUCUGAUGUUUUAGUCCUACAUUUCAGAGAUUAUUAGUGUUUUAAGAUGAACAACAUUGUACAUACAGUUACAGAUAGUAAUCAUCUGAUUUGUGAAUGCAUGACUGAAUGUGCUGAAAGUUUUUUUUAUAUACAUAUAAUUUUGUUCACUGCAAUUUACAGGAUAGUUUUCUUGUGUGAAGUGGUUACAUAGUUACUUAAGGAACAGUAUUUUUAAUACAGUGUGUGUAAGUUUCAAGGUAAAAAAAGUAGCAAGAUAAAUGAAUGUAAAAUCAUGCCAGUAAAGAAAAGAAAAAAAAAAGAAGGAAAAAAAAGUUGUUAAUGAUUCCUAACUAUGGGCAGCUCUUAUGGCUAUGCUUUGAAUUUCACACUGCUCUAAUCUGCAUGUGCUAAACAUUCACUUCUUCAGAGUUUGAAUAAUUGAUUAAAAAAAUUUACCCUGGAGUAAAGCCUUGAUUUUAUUUAUGCGUAAGAUGUUAAAAUAAUCUAAUAAUGUGUAAGUAAUAAAAUAAUAGAAGGAAUAACUUUUUUUUUGUACCUUGGUUACAUGAAUAAUGUGUUGUAACUUUUAUUUACAAUUUAUUUUAGUUUAGUAUUAGUAAUUAAAAUGUUAAGGUAAGGUAGGCUUCUUUGGUAGUUUUAUGAAAUACUGUGAAGUUUGUGUUAACAGAUUGUUGCCUUCUUCAACACAGAAAAAAAAUUAUGUAAAUGAAGGCAUCAAUAUUGGAUUUAAAGUUCCUAAGAAAAUAAUGCACAUGCUACAGAACAUAACUACUGAAGGUUACCCAAAAUUAUUUUUGUGGGCAACAUUUACAUUCAUGAAAAUGGUGUUGCAUUUUCAGUUAUGAGCUGAAGGAAAGAUAGAGUUAAGUAUGCAUAAUAAUCUAUGCAGUUACUGAUAUGACUAACAAUUUCCCAAGCACUAUAAUAUUUCUUUAUAAACUAAAAAUUAUUUAAAAUUAUUUCAUACAUAUUAAAUUUAAAAAAAUACAUUCACUAAAUAACAUUGACUAUUUUUUUCUGCAGUAAAUAGUAAUAACUAUGUAGGGGAAAAAUGAGGCUGAAGAGAAUUUCACAAUGAAAAAUACAGAAAAAAUUAUGAAAAAUUUUAACUCCUUUUCUUCAUCUAACCUUCAACAGAUAUUUUACUGUACAUUGCAUUACAUCAUUCAUAUUGUAACAAGUGUUUUAAUGGGAAUAUUUUUUAUUGUAUUUAUGAUACACAUUUUAUAGCAACAUACAAUAAAUAUUUUGUUUUACAACCCCACAUAAGCUGCUGACUGGUGCAUUAUUUGUACUUAUGAAACAAUUUAAUUUGCUAAUUUAUAACUUCAUGUGUAAAUUUUUGCUAGGAAAAGGGUUUGUAGUUAUUCUGGAGAGGAGACAUGUGUUUAAAUGAGUGUCUGUCAGAAAAUAAUUACAAUAUUAGGAUAAGCAAUGAAAAUCUUGUUACAUUCGCCAUGAAUGCUAAGGGCACAUUUUAAUUUAUGUGGCCAACGUUGUUGCAGAUAUCUGUCGAUUAUGGUAUUGGAAAAUUGUACAGUUUUUUUUUGGUUUGCUGAAAGUUUCAAAAAUGAUAAGGCAUUUUUUAAAAGUAUUAAAUGAAUGCUUUAAAAAUUAACUGUUACUCUAAUUUUGUAAGGGAUUCUAAUAUGUAGUAUAUGCUUUAUUUAAUGAUAAUAGUAUUUAGUUAAUACUAAGAUCUAAAAUAAAAAUAUUUGUUCUCAAACAAAGAAAUACUUUAUGUGAAAAAUGUAGAGACUAUUUAAAAACUAGUACAUACAUACUAUGUGUCUGCUAUAUAUGCAACACAAUCUAAAACUUGCAAAAUCCACCUGGUGUUCACAUGCACAUAACAACAGGCAGCCUAUGUGUACAGAGUUCAACAAAAGGAGCUGCAAUGUCCUAUGCAGAUACAACUAUUACAUACCAGUACUAACUUAAAUUGAUACUAAUUAGUAACUACUAACUGGUUUUAUGAAUCUUUUGGCAAUUAGGUGGUAACUACAGGUUAUAUGUACUAAAAUAUUGUACACUCAAUCUAGCCAUCAACCAGCCAAACAAUGUACAGCCCUUAUAGCUUGUGCUGUUUGAAAAAUGUGUUGUUUUAGUCAAAAAAUUACCUAUUAGUUCAGAACCUGCUGAAAACUAUAAAGUAGCAUUUCAUUAUUAAAACAUUUUGAAAAAAAGUUUAUGACUAAAGAUGGGCAUUGAUUGUUUUUGCCUAUAGCCUCUAAAUCACAAUUAUUUAAAGUAUGCUGGAAUGGGUGUUUUUAAUAUUUUAUUUAGGCAUUAAAAUAUCAGUGUAAAAUCUAGACAGCCGCAGAGCUUCUGCAGUUUUGUUACUGUGUCAUAGAGGACAUGUUCACAGUGGGGAGACUACAUGUCUGAUUAGUGCAGUGCACGUAGAAGCAAUGACAAUUUUCAAGAUAGAAGUGAAACAAUAGUCAUAAGUUCUUAUGUAGUUACAAACUUAAUGUCCAGAAAAUCAUUAAGUGUAAAAAUGAUAUUUGAAAAUAAAAAUAGUUUUUCAAAUUAGAA